UAAAUUUUACUAAUCAUAAUUUAAAGUUGACUACUGCUCGUUCCACCAUCUUCUUCCAGAGCUCCAGUCCAGGUCCGUAUUUCUUCCUAGGCACUUGUAAUUGUUCAUCUUUUUCCUCUUUCUUGAAGUCACUACUAUCUUUUGUAGUUACUUUUGCCUCUUCUUCUGCCGUUAAAAGCUGCACAGCAUGAUCCGCACACCAACUGUUUGUUAUAAUGCCCAGCUGAUGAAUUUCCAAAUAAGCUUCUAAAAAUUUCAGUAUUUCGAACUCGUAGCCUAACAGAAUGUCUUAUAGACGAGUUGGGUCAAUCUUUAAUCUUUGUCGCAAUACAAUAAUUUCCAAUGUAAAGGAGCUGGACAGUGUUAGUCCAUUGUAUUAUUCAACUGGCUUGGAAGUGCUACCAAGAAAGCUGAAAAGGGAUGAAAGAAAACCAAUGGUGACUAGUGUGAAUGAGCUUAAGAGGAUAGCAAGAUUGGACAAGCAAGAAAGAAGGGUUGCACGUGAAGUUCCAUUGAGGCCACCUGAAAAUGGGCUAUUAGUUAAAGAACUAAUCUCACUUGCUCAUCAAGUCUUAGCUUCCAGGGGUCAGUUAUUCGCUUGUGUUUCAAGGAUUUCGGAGGAAAUUCCUAUUUAUUUUUGCAGCGUAUGUAGUGAAGUUCAUGUUGGUCAUCCACCACAUAGGAUCAGAACUUGCGACGUUAGUGGCAGUCAGAAGAACAAAGAGCAUAUAUGGCAGAGAGGGGGUGUAGAGCACGUGUUGCCUGUUGUCGAAUCUUUUCAUCUCUAUGACAGGUUGGGAAGAGCUGUUUCACAUAAUGAGCGACUUGAAGUUGAUCGCAUCCCAGCCCUUGUGGAAUUGUGCAUUCAGGCUGGCGUGGAUUUACCUGAGUACCCAACCCAAAGAAGGAAGUUCCCCAUUUACCGGGUUGCUGGAAAACUCAUAGAUUUUGAGAAGAGGUUUCCCAAGGAUGAUUUAUCCGGAAAGGACUUAGAAACUUCUAAAUUUAGGGAAACUAUAAAGAAGCCAGAUGGAGAUGGAAAAUAUUUGAAUUUACCAUAUGAUGGCAUAAAAGGAUUCGCAAUGCGAGGAAUGGAAGCUUGGGAGAGUAUGCGUACCGGAGCCAUACAGCUCAUGCAAACCUAUGCCGUCCAAACAUGUGGAUAUUGUCCUGAGGUGCAAGUUGGACCAAAAGGUCAUAGGGUUAGGCAAUGCCAAGCAUUCAAGCACCAGAUGAGGGAUGGACAACAUGCUUGGCAAGAGGCAACAAUAGAUGAUCUUCUCUCCACUGUUUAUGUUUGGCAUGUCCGAAACCCACACGCUGGCCAUCUUUUGAUAGAUUCUUUGAAGAGGUAUUAUGGAAAAUUACCUGCGGUCGUUGAACUGUUUAGUCAAGCUGGAGCACAGGUUGGAGAUGAUUACUAUUGCAUGAUGAGGGAAGACAUUGCAGUUCCUGGACUAGAUGAAGAAAAGUUGGUUGUAUAAAGCUACAAGAUACUGGCCUACACAUUAGUAGAUUAUUGGAAGCUCUGGCACGGAUGCUCAUACCUUUGGUAAUAGUUAAUAGGCAUUUAGGGUCCUCAAGAUGAAGAGGAAACAGCUCUAGAUUAAUGCUGGAACAUAUUUACUCUUGAUGAGACACUUUGUAGAGUUGUUCAUUUAUCUAUUAGAUUACUGCCAAAGGUGAGAUGAGAAAAAAACCAGAGAGGACUUGGUGGUUUCUUAAUGUUUCAAGCUUCAGCUAUGAUGUGAAUGCUACAUCCUUAGCUAUGGAAGAGUAAUACAGUUAUUUCCGUGACUUUCAAAGGCA